CCUUUCAUUUAAAGCUCACGUAAAGCUAAAUAUAAGCAGGUAACACUCGUUAACUACCGAUGUAUUAUAUUAUAUAUACAGACACAUUCUGUAACUUGUAACUACCUGGAUUUACAGCUGAAGCCCUCCUAAAAUAGGCCUAACGACUCUUUUUUUGUCCCAUUAAUUUUUUACAACUACUCUGGCCUAAUAACUCUGUCCACAAGGUGGCGCUGGAUCUCCUGGCCGGACCGGUGCGCCUCCUGUCUGUGCAUUACGGUAAACAUGGCGGCGCCGCUCGCGCUCUCCGCUCCUGAAACGCGCAGACAUGGGGGGGUGUAACCGGGACCGGGAGGCACUCAAAGCAGCCCUGGGACCGGAUUAACGUCUCCAACACCAACAAGUGGCGACGACGGAAGGAAUCUCUCGCGUCACGAAACCUUAAACCCGCUCCACGUGCACACGAGCGCGCGCUGGUGAAACGACAGGCUGACGGCGAACACCUUUUCUUGGGACGCCAGUGGAGAAAUCCACCGGAAUGUUCCACCACACCGGAACAGCUGACCGCGGGACGCAGCGCGCAGCCUGACGGGAUGUGGACGUUCCGAGGGGAGCGUCGGCCAUGAGGUGUGUGCACAUGAACAACCAGUGAGACAGGUUGCCACAAGAGAGAUGCUUAAGUUGAGAAAUCCUCAACAGCUUUUCAGGGUUAAGACGCCACAUCAGAGGCCCGGUCCGAGCGCCCUCGCCGCUCCGCUCCCGUUCCCAGAGUGUGACCCGUCUGCACGCCGUCACCAAUGCGACCAUGGGAAGUAGCAGUAACUAGGCUGCCACCAACAGCCCCCUUAGACCCCCGGAGGUUCCUCGCAGAGCCGUGCAACAUCCCGGUGCAGCUCAGGAGAAGCCCACCAGUGAGGCGCCAGUGGGGGAGACGCGACCGGCCGGCGGCGGCGGCGCUGCCUCUGAUCCAGGAUGAGAACUUCCACCACCUGCUGUUCGCCCAGCACCACCAGCCGGUCCCUUUAGAUGAGUCCAGACAGUACGACCGCACCAGCACACCGCCUCGCAUGCUCCACCUGCCCCCGCAGAGCCCCAUCAUGGUGGAUCUACACGACCAGAUGCACCCGGGAUCCGUUCCGAUAUCGUACACCGUCACCACGGUGACGACCCACGGCUUCCCCAUCCACGCCGGCGGGCCGCCCCUCCCGGGGUGCGGCGCUCAGCAGCUCCCAGCAUGCUCGGUAAUGUUCAGCGGACAGCUCUCUCUGCUCUGCUGCCUUCCUCCUCCUCUCAUCCAGGCGUGUACCAUGCAGCACAUGCCCGUGUCUUACCAAGCCUUCCCACCGCUGAUCUCCAGCGAACAUUUUGUAUUGCACCCGCCCCCCUCGGUCCCGCCGCCGCCGCCGCCGCACCUUACUCCGUUGAGCCAGUUCGUCCCUUUACAGCCUCAGCACCCACGCAUGCCUCUACAGAGGGUAGACAAUGAAGUUGACCUUCGGGGGGACCAGCACCCGUUGGGGACCUUCUCUUACCCUCCAGCCCAUCGCCCACCAGCGCUGCCUCCUCCUCUGCCGCUGCAGUAUCUUCCUCAAGAGCCUCUGCACCAGGAGCUUCCCUUUGGCGUGCCAUAUCCCCACAUGCUGCCCCGGAGAGUGAGCGGACAGAGAUACCGGUUGCAGCAGCCGCUCCCCCCUCCUCCCCCCCCUCCGUCCUACUACCCAGGCUUCCUGCCGUACUUCCUCUCGAUGCUUCCUGUGCCUCCGACGGCCGUGGGCCCGGCCAUCAGCCUGGACCUGGACGUGGACGACGUGGAGAUGGAGAACUAUGAGGCGUUGCUGAACCUGGCGGAGCGGUUGGGGGAAGCUAAACCUCGAGGACUCUCUAAAGCCGACAUCGAGCAACUUCCGUCCUACAGAUUCAACUCUGAGAAUCGUCUCUCUGAGCAGACGCUGUGUGUCGUGUGCUUUAGUGACUUCGAGUGCCGGCAGCUACUUCGUGUUUUACCGUGUAACCACGAGUUCCACGCCAAGUGUGUGGACAAAUGGUUGAAGACCAAUCGCACGUGUCCCAUCUGCCGAGCCGACGCCUCUGAGGUCCAGCGGGAGGCGGAGUGAGACGUCUCUCGAGUGCUGAGCUGGAAAGCUGCACAUUACCCAGAAACUCUGGGGCCACCUGCCACCUGACCUGCGUCCACCACAACGUCCUCCAGCUGCCCCCCCCACCACUCCUGCCCCUUCCACCACAGCGGGCCCGUCCCAGGACGGUUCUCCAGGGCCCGUCGGACCUCUGCUGUGCAUCGCCGUCCACGUCUCAUGAAACCCACUGCCUACCGCAGCCUAUAGCCAGAGUUCUGGGAGCACCGGCCAGUUCUUUCUCUGCUGCCCCCCCCCCCCCCCCUCGUUGCAGAUUCCAAAGAUUUCCCCCUACAAUGCAUUAUUUGCUGCUUUUGUUUACAGGGUUUCAUUUUAGGGUUUUUUUCCGUGUGGAUUUGGUCGUGGGGUUCAUUGAAAAGAGGGAAAGUCCUGCAUUGGAGGCGGUGAGUCGGAGGAGGAAGAGGAGGAGGACGAGAGGCUGGACACCUUUUGUGCAAUUAGCAGAAAAAUAAUAGGAGGACAUGGGGGGGGGGGGCGACGCCCGGCCAUCAUAGAUGCAUGUUUGUGUAGAUGUCGGGCAAUGUGACUUUGUUAAUAAUGUAUGUUCUGCAAUAAUGUAUUGAUCCUUUUAACAGUUUGACCCUUUUUUAAAAUUUGUUUUUUUGAUUUUUUUGCUAAUUCUCUUGUGACUGACUUGCUGUGGUUGAAGAGCGGAUGAAGAUUCCGCUACGCCCCAUUUAGUUUUAUGGACUGCGAGUGAUGGGGGGGGGGGGGACACGUGACUCCGGGGUCUCUUUUGACCCCCGACCCGACCAUCCUCUCCGAAACACGGAGCUGUUAAAAAAAAAAAAAACAGUCGCGGAUUAAUGGACCGCAUCUUCUUUUUUUUUUGAGGUCAUCUGGCAUAACUGCACAAGUGCUACA